AUGGAUCUCGACCGACCGACGCCGCCGAUCUUCUCGUGUAAAGACGCGCUCGGGGCGCCGUGGGCGGACGCGGUCGCCGCGGUCGCCACCGGGGUCGGUGGCGGGAGGGAGUGGACGGAACGGCACGAGGCGAGGGACGACGGCGGGUGCGCGCUCGGCGCCGUCGCGGAAGCCGCCGUCGCGAAAGCGCUCGAGCUGUCCGUGCGGAAGACGGUCAGCGCGAAAGCGAAGGGCGUCUUCGAUCGAAGAGCGCUGCCGCGGCUGUUGCGAUGGUUAGACGCGGUGCCGCUGCAGUUCUUGGCGACGACGCUGGGGAUGACCCACGGCGCGGGAGGACCGAGCGGGAGGACUGACGCCGACGCCGCCGCGACCGCGUCGAAGCUCGCCGAGUGGCGCUCGCGACUCGAGUACGCCAUCCACGAGCACCUCGGCGCGCUUCGCGUGAGCGAGUUCUUCGACGUCAUCGUCGAGUUCCCGGACUCCGUGCCCGCGGUGAGAGACCUGCGCGCGUGCCUGCGACGGACGACGCUGCACGCGCAGCUCGUGCGCCGGCUUCGGAGCGCGAUGCAAUCGCGUCUGCUCGUCGCGGGCGCGCCGACGGCGGACAUCAUCGAGCAGUACCGGCUCACGAUCCGCGCGCUGAGGGCGUUAGACCCGUCCGGGGUGGUGCUCAGGGUCGUGUCCGGCCCGCUGAAGGAGUAUCUGCGCGAGCGGAAGGACACGAUUCGGUGCGUGGUGACGAUGUUGAUGGGCGGCGGCGGGGGGGGGGGCGACGGCGACGGCGGCGACGACGUCGACGCGUUGCUCGGCGCGGACGGCGACGACGCCGUCGAGGGGUCCGACGACGAGAUCGACCGCGACGACUGGGAGCCCGAGCCCGUGGAGUCCGAGGCGGCGAGCAGCCGCGGCCGCCGACGACGCGCCGCCGACGAGCUCGGCCACCUCAUCGGCAUCUACGGCUCGAAGGAGCUCCUCGUCAACGAGUACCGGAACAUGCUCGCGGAGCGGCUGCUAAGCAAGGUGGGGUACGACGUCGACCGCGAGAUGCAUACGCUCGAGCUUCUGAAGCUGCGGUUCGGCGAGAGCUCGCUGCACAAGUGCGAGGUGAUGCUGAAGGACGUGUUGGACAGCAAGCGGAUCAACGCCAACGUCAAGGCGCCGCCCGCGCCCGGCACGCCCGCGGCGGCGGACGUCGAGUCCUCGAACCUCCUCCGCGAGUCCCCGCUCGACGCGACGAUCGUCAGCGCGCUGUUCUGGCCACCGUUCGCGUGCGAGGCGCCGGAGUUUAAACCCCCGCCGACGAUGCAGAGCAUGAUGGACGCGUACGGGAAGAGGUAUCAUCACCUCAAGGCGCCACGGCAGAUGCGGUGGAAGCCGACGUUGGGCACCGUGGUCGUGGAAGUCAUGCGCGGGGACAUCGAGAUCGAGCUGAGCGUCUCCCCGAUCGAGGCCGCGGUGCUGACGCAGUUUCAAACGAAAGAACGGUGGGGGAUGGACGAGCUCGCGGCCGAGCUCGGGAUCACGAAAGCGACGUUGCGGCGAAAGACGGUGGUCUGGGUGAACCGCGGGCUCGUCGCGGAGGAAAAAGCCCCCGGCGCCGUCGGGGGCUCCGAGACGUCGUACUACGUCCUCACCUCCGGGAAGGACGGCGGCGACAACAAGUUCGGCGCCGCGGCCGCGGACGACGAGGGCGGCGGCGGCGGCGCCGUCGCGAGCGCGGAGGACCAGGCCGCGGCGGGGAUGAAAGUCUACGAGCAGUACGUGGUGGGGAUGUUGACGAAUUUCCCUUCGUUGCCGUUGGAUCGGAUACACAACAUGCUGAAGAUGUUCGUCAGCGAGCCGCCGUACGAUAAGAGCAUCGACCAGCUCGAGGCGUUCCUGACGCAGCUCGUGGGGGAGGAUAAGCUCGUGUUGGAGGGGACGCAGUACCGCCGGCGGACGAGCGCGUGA